AUGGCAUCACAAAAUAAAAAUGCAUCUAGUCAACUACAGAACGAAACUUUACAAAAUUUCGCUAAAAUACCUAUCGACCUACCAUGGAAUCUCAAAGAUAAAAAUAAAUCAACAGAAAAAAUCGAACCCAUGGAAGUAGAAAAUUUAUCACGACGAAUGAGUCAAUUAUUUACUAAUACGACAGAGAAAAAUGAACUCUUAAUGAAAGAUAUCAAAGCUGAAAUUGAAAAAAUCCCAGAUUAUCUUUCAAAGCGAAAUAAAUCUUUCCUAGAAAUAAUACAUCAAGCAUUAUCAAAAAGAGCAAUAACAAGAAACACACAACCAUUAUCAACAGCAAAGUUAGAUGAUACUGCUGAUGAAGUAGAUAAAUUAAGGAAAAUAGCUAUUUUAAUUUAUAAAAUAAUAGUUAUACAAACUUAUCAAUUACUCUGGGCGGCCUAUUUAAAAUCAGGUUUGGGACAAUUAGUUAUACCACCACAAACACAAGCAUUUUAUUCAAUAAAAGUGCCCAUAUGGCCACAAGAACUUCAAGCAAUGUUAGAAUCAACAAAAUUGAACAAAGCACAUGAUAAUGAAAUAUAUUUAACAUUCGUUAAUAAACAGUUAGAUGAGUUAGAUUAUCAAUUAAAACAAUGUCAAAAACAAUUGAAUAUCAAAACCAAUAGCUUUCCAGGUUAUACAUUAACUAUCCAAAAAAUCAUUGAAUUAUAUAUUGAAAAAAAUCUUCAUUCUUUACGGAUGGAAAUCGAAAAUAAAGUGGAACUUAUUCAUUACGAUUAUUAUAUUCGAGCAUUAAAAUUAGAAUAUUUGCGAUUGAAACCAAAUGAAUAUCAAGAACGUUUCAUGAAAGAAAUGUGUCAAAUUAAAUAUGCGCAAGAAACAACAGAACAAGAAUUUAUUUUUUUAAAGCAACAAAUCAAUUAUUAUAAUUCACCGAAUCACUCAUUUGACUCUUGUUCAAUAAGUUCUUGUUCAUUAAUUGAUUCUGUGGAUGAUCAAAAUAUUAGAAAAGAAUUCUUUAGACAAUAUAAAGAUAUUACUGAACAAUCUAGAGCAACUUUAUUCAAUAUUUAUAUGAAAUCAGCUGAAGAACAACGAAAAGAAUAUAAAGAAAAACUUGAUGUUUACGUACAAAAAAUGAAUUCAUCUCAAAAUGCAUUGAAUGAAAAUGAAAGAUUAACGUCAAUCAUGAUUCAACUUAUUAAUGAACGUUGCCAAAGAAUUAGUGAACGUAUCAAAUGUAUCUAUACAUUUAAAACUGAAUCUCUUCGUUAG